AUGCAAUGGAACUUGAAAGUUCCCAUAGUACGAUUGUGGCGUGUUUCUGAACAUGAUAAUCCCGAUAAGCUAUUAUCGUUAGAAAUGCUUUUGCAAGACAAAAAGGGUGAUCGUAUUCAGGCAUCUGUUAGAACAUUCAUUUUCACUAAGCUCACCGAGGAAAUUCAGGAACAAGGAUUAUAUUUCAUAAAGAAUUUUAUUGUUGUACCAAACAAGGAUAGAAUCAAAACCAACAAUCACACAAUGAAAUUGUUGUUUACCUACCGAACAAGCAUCCAGAAAACAGACGAUCUUCAAUUUAUAAAGACAAUCUUCAAAUUUUGGCCAUUUGAAGAUUUGAUCAACCAAGUUGAUGUUGAUGAGAAUAAACUGUUUGGUAAAUAUUUUGUGCGCAAUUCUUGGACUGCUUCAAAAUUAUGGAUUAAUCCUCAACUGUCUGAAGUUGCUGAAUUUAUCUCUAGAAUGGAAGAUGUGCGUGGAGAUAAAUCCGAGAGGAUUAGUCAAAUGUCAUCUCAAAAUAACUCAUCUAUUUCAGAUGAGUUAUCUUCUGGAUCGCUUGAAGUUACAAUCAAGCAAUUAAUUGGGUGCAUGGAGGAAGGCAGCUUCUGUGUUGUUGCGAACAUAAUACACAUAGACCUUGAUAAAAGGUGGUCAUACUUGAGUUGCAAGGACUAUAAUAAGAAGGUUGAAAAACUUGGCAAUAAAUUUACUGCAAAACAUGUCAAGUGCUUGAAAAUUCUGUAUAAAUUAUUCUUGAGAAUAACAGAUGACACUGGCUUUAUUUCUUUGUUACUUUGGGAUCAACAAGCAAUGAAACUCAUAGGAAAGACUACCAAUAAAUUAAUGAAAGAAUUACUCAAGAAUGUUGGUGUUGUUGGUGCGCCAUCAUAUCCAUUGGAGUUGGAUUAUAUUUUGGAUAGAGAGGUUACGUUUAAAGUGGACGUCAAAAAAGACAACAUCGACAAACAAGACGAGGUUUACACUGUUCUUAAAUUUAGUGUUGAUAUAGAUCUCAUCAAGCAAUAUCGUCCUCCACCAAGUGAAGAUACAUGCACUUAUCCAGAGUUCAACCAUGAACAUCUUGCAUCUGGAGAUGAUGAACUAACAGAUUUUAUAGCUGAGAACGAUAUGGUCUCUAUUUCAAAUAUCCCAGUAAAGAGAAGUAUAUCCGAGAGUGAAUCAUCUUUGGUAGAAAUUGAUAAUGAUCCCAAUGCAUAA